AUGGCUUACAACGGCGGCCACGGGAACGACCCGUAUAACAACGGCCACCAGCUCCAGGACAUGCCCGGCGGGAGCAGCUACCACUUGCCUCCCCAGGAGCAGGACGACGAUGAGACCCAGCGCCAUCUCCUGGGCCAAGCCCCGUACCAAUAUGACCAAGACCGCCUGGGAACCGGCACUCCUCCUGCCCGGCCCGUGUCAGCCUACAGUCUGACCGAGUCGUACGCACCUGGUGCCUCUCAGACCCCCCUUCCCGGCCAGUACAGCCAGGAGUACGCCGGCCAAGGAGGUGCCUACUCCGUCGGCGGCCACGAGGAUGGCGGCUUCGGCUACGGCCGGCCCGCAUCGACCGUCGAUGGCGAUGACGCCUGGGUGCGCCGCCAGCAGCCCGGUGGCCCCGGUGCUGGCGCCGGUGUUGGUGGUGGCUUGAAGCGAUACCAGACCCGAAAGGUCAAGCUUGUCCAGGGUUCCGUUCUCAGCAUUGACUACCCCGUGCCCAGCGCCAUCAGAAAUGCCGUCCAGCCCAAGUACAGAGACGUCGAGGGCGGCACCGGCGAGUUCACCAACAUGCGCUACACGGCCGCAACUUGCGACCCCAAUGACUUCACCCUCAAGAAUGGCUACGACCUGCGGCCAAGAAUGUAUAACAGACAUACGGAGCUCCUGAUUGCCAUCACCUACUACAACGAGGACAAGGUGCUUCUGUCGCGUACGCUGCACGGUGUCAUGCAGAACAUUCGCGACAUUGUCAACCUGAAGAAAUCGACUUUCUGGAACAAGGGUGGCCCGGCCUGGCAGAAGAUCGUCGUCUGCAUGGUCUUUGAUGGUAUUGACAAGGCGGACAAGGAGGGUUUGGACGUGCUGGCUACCAUUGGUGUGUACCAGGACGGUGUCGUCAAGAAGGACGUCAACGGCAAGGAGACCGUAGCCCACAUCUUCGAGUACACCACCCAGCUGUCGGUGACGCCGAACCAGCAGCUCAUCCGGCCCACCGACGACAGCCCUCAGACCCUGCCACCCGUGCAGAUGAUCUUCUGUCUGAAGCAGAAGAACACCAAGAAGAUCAACUCUCACCGUUGGCUGUUCAACGCCUUUGGCCGAAUCCUGAACCCCGAGGUGUGCAUCCUGCUCGAUGCCGGUACCAAGCCCGGAUCCAAGUCGCUGCUGGCCCUCUGGGAAGGUUUCUACAACGACAAGGACCUUGGCGGUGCUUGUGGUGAAAUUCACGCCAUGUUGGGCAAGGGAGGCAAGAAGCUCCUGAACCCUCUGGUGGCUGUCCAGAACUUCGAGUACAAGAUCUCCAACAUCCUGGACAAGCCGCUCGAGAGCUCUUUCGGGUACGUCAGUGUGUUGCCCGGUGCUUUCUCUGCCUACCGAUUCCGUGCCAUCAUGGGCCGGCCCCUGGAGCAGUACUUCCACGGUGAUCACACGCUCUCCAAGAUUCUCGGCAAGAAGGGUAUCGAGGGCAUGAACAUUUUCAAGAAGAACAUGUUCUUGGCCGAGGAUCGUAUCUUGUGUUUCGAGCUGGUCGCCAAGGCCGGUUCCAAGUGGCACCUAACAUAUAUCAAGGCUGCCAAGGGUGAGACCGAUGUGCCCGAGGGAGCCCCCGAGUUCAUCAGUCAGCGUCGUAGAUGGCUCAACGGAUCCUUUGCCGCCUCUCUCUACUCGCUCAUGCACUUCGGGCGUAUGUACAAGAGUGGCCACAACAUCGUGCGCAUGUUCUUCCUCCACAUCCAGCUCAUCUACAACAUCGUGCAAGUCGCAUUCACCUGGUUCUCUCUGGCUUCCUACUACCUGACAACAACGGUCAUCAUGGACCUGGUCGGCACCCCCACGGCUCCUGGCCCGACCACCAACGAGCGCCACGGUUGGCCCUUUGGUGACACGGCGACGCCCAUUGUCAACCUGGUGCUCAAGUAUCUCUACCUGGCCUUCAUCAUCAUGCAGUUCGUGCUCGCUCUUGGUAACCGUCCCAAGGGUUCGAAGUGGCAGUACAUCCUGUCGUUCGCCCUGUUCGGUUUCAUCCAGCUGUACCUGCUCAUCCUGUCCUUCUACCUGGUUAUCAACGCCUUCUUGACCAACCCGAACAUCAACAUUGGUGACGAUCUGUCGCAGCUCCUGACGGGACGCUCGCAGGUGGCCAUCAUCCUGCUUGCGCUGGUUGCCACCUUUGGUCUCUACUACGUGGCGUCGUUCCUGUACCUGGACCCGUGGCACAUGUUGCACUCGUUCCCGUCUUACCUGGUGUUGAUGUCGACGUACAUCAACAUUCUGAUGGUCUACGCCUUCAACAACUGGCACGACGUGUCGUGGGGUACCAAGGGAUCGGACAAGGCAGACGCACUGCCGUCGGCGCAAGUGGUCAAGACAGACAAGGACGAAGCCGCCAUUGAGGAGAUUGAGAAGCCGCAAGAGGAUAUUGAUAGCCAGUUCGAAUCGACGGUCAAGCGCGCGCUGGCCCCGUUCAAGGAGGAAGAGGAGGUCGAGGUCAAGGACCUGGAGGACUCGUACAAGUCGUUCAGAACGUCGCUGGUCCUGGCGUGGAUCUUCUCGAACGCGCUGCUUGUGGUGGCGCUUACCAGCGACAGCUUCAACAACUUUGGCAUCGGGCAAACCACGUCGACCAGAACGGCGGCCUUCUUCCAGUUCCUGCUUAUCGCAACAGCGUGUCUCGCGUUUGUCCGCUUCAUCGGCUGCUUGUGGUUCCUCGGUAAGACCGGUCUCAUGUGCUGCUUCUCGAGGCGGUAG